AUGAGUAGCCAUUCUCAAGUCAGCCUGUGUAGCAGUGCAAGCACUGGUGCAGUGCAAGCACUGGAGCUCGCCUCCUCUCCCACCUCAUCUCUCAACAUCAUUCCACCCGUUUGUUGCCUUUCCCUCCUCCCUCCCUUCCACCACCACCCAGGCAGCAGCCAUUCUCGGGCAGCAGCCAUUCUCGGGUCAGCCUGUGUGGCAGUGCAAGCAGUGGUGCUGGCCUCCUCUCUCGCCUCCUCCAUCCCCUCCCGCAUCUCCUUCUCCUGGCCCAAACCCUCCUCCUCCCCUUCCUCCUCUCCCUCCUCCUUCCCUUCCUCGUCUCCUCCCUCCUCACCAUCUCCCACCUCUGCGGCUGCUGCAGCAGCAUCUGUGUCAGCAGCAAUCGAACAGCUGCUACCACCAGCAGCCAACACCCAAGUCACGGCGCUAGCGAGAAUCCCAACACCAGCAGCGGCCGUCUCAGCAACAAUUGAACAGAUGCUACCACCAGCAGCCAUCGCCCAAGUCACCACUCUUAUGCCCAUGCCUGUGCAAGGUGUGUUAAGCCUCGCGCCAACGCCUCACCAUGAUUGCCACGGUGCCAAGCAUGGGAAGCGAAGAAAAGAGAUGGAGACGAGGAAUGGGAGGGGAGACGAGGAAUGGGAGGGGAGACGAGGAAUGGGAGGGGAGACGAGGAAUGGGAGGGGAGACGAGGAAUGGGAGGGGAGACGAGGAAUGGGAGGGGAGACGAGGAAUGGGAGGGGAGACGAGGAAUGGGAGGGGAGACGAGGAAUGGGAGGGGAGACGAGGAAUGGGAGGGGAGACGAGGAAUGGGAGGGGAGACGAGGAAUGGGAGGGGAGACGAGGAAUGGGAGGGGAGACGAGGAAUGGGAGGGGAGACGUCUCUCCUCCUUUCUCCUCUGCCCUCAGAUCCAAACCGCCAUGCCAUCGGCACAGAAUCUCGUGCUCAUGUCGCAACUAAGCCCCGCCACCAAGCCUCUGGCGGGAAUGCUGGCCUCGCUCAUGCUGCGACAGUACGCCAUAUCCAUGCUCCCAAUCACAGUGUGGAUCACAGUCUUCCUCUCACGCCUCAACAUGACCAUAUGA